AUGAGAAUUGAUAUAGUCCCAGAAUCAUUCCAAGGAACCAUUAACCGAGAAUCUGGUAAGGUUGAUUUUGAAUUCAAGGCCAAGUUCUUGUUUUCUGUUGGGAGUAUCUACAAGGCUCCACCUCUAAUGGUGAUGACAUCCUUGAGAUCUGAAGAAUCAAAGGAUGACAUGAAAAGUGGAAGAGGGAAGAGAUUGGAUGAAGAGGGAAAUUGCAUGCUGGUUGGUGUGGCAAAAGUUGAUUCAAUUGAUGAUUUUCUCAUGAAUUCCUUCCUUGCCCUUCCAAUUGAGUGCCUUGCUGAUUUCAAUGAUGUGAUCUCAAUUUCUGCCUCAUCUUAAAGAAGAGAUCAUCAUCACAGUU